AUGGCCAUAAACCUAGCCAAAUUUCUCAUACUGUUUUUCACUAUUUCGAUCUGCAACGCCGUCACGAAUCCAAGUCCGAUUUCCGAUUCUCACUGUUCCGCUGCUUUACAACUCUUCGAUGGUUCCUCUUCAAGUUUAGAAGAAGCCUGUGAUGCUCUAAGAGUAUUUGAGAUUCUUGCGCUUGAGAAUAAGCCUGAUGUGAGCAUAACCACUUGUCGGAAGGUAGUGGAAAAUCUCGGGUCGUCGUCCUCUCUCAAGGAUUUGUUCUAUGCCUUAAAGGUCAAUGGCAUUUUAAAAUGCAAGGUUGAUAAGGGUGUUUUCCAGGUUGACAAACAAGAAUUUGGAUUGAAACCAAUGAAUUGCCCAGGACACUGCUUGAUGUUUAAACACAGAGUUCGUUCAUAUAGAGAACUUCCUCUUCGUUUUGCUGAUUUUGGGGUUUUGCAUCGAAAUGAGGCCAGUGGUGCCCUAAGUGGAUUAACACGUGUUAGGAGAUUUCAGCAGGAUGAUGCACAUAUUUUCUGCAGGGAGUCCCAGGUUAAAGAUGAAGUGAGAAAAGCCUUGGACUUCAUUGAUUAUGUCUAUCAAAUAUUUGGUUUCACAUAUGAACUGAAACUUUCAACGAGGCCAGAGAAUAAGCUUGGAGAUGAUGAAACCCAUGACAGUUGA